CAAUUUUUGUUUUCUUCAUGUUAAUCUCUUUUUGACACGUUGGCUUUAAUCAUGCCUGCCAGAUUUUUACCAGCAACUAAUGAAGAAUACUGGAGCUGGUUCUUUUCUAAGAAAUAGAAGAUUAGAGAGCUUCCUCCAUACAAAUUCUGUCCCAAAUGUGAGCGAAACCUGGAAAAAUUCAGGGAAGGAAGUAGCAGUGCAGAGGCCUCUGAAAGAUGUUUAUGUUGAUGAUGAUGGAUGGAUAUCGACACUGAUAUCUUGUGUGAGGAUCGUCACCUGUUUUGUUGUAAUGAUGGUUACGACAUUCAUCUGGGCGUUGAAUAUGCUUGUGCUCCUCCCCUGGCCUCAUCGGAGAGUCCGGCAAGGAAAUAUCUAUGGCCAUGUGACUGGUAGAUUGAUGGUAUGCAUUUCUUGAUUCCUAGAAAAUUUGGAAGUAGAUUCUUUUGGUAUUUGGUUUUUUAAGGCAAUUUAUGAACAUGAAGGGAAAUCAGUUGGUGCUUUUAGUUGUUUCUGAAUUUCUUUUGGUUGCCGAUAAACAUGAGGGAAGAAACAAAGAAAGAAAAGAAAUUGAGGAAACUUUG